CUGCUUCUUCCUGUUUCUUCGCCUAACAGCGAGAGACGGUCGACCUCUCUCCUCAUCGUCCUCAUCGCUUUAUUCGAAAAAUAUGAACGAACGUUUGGCGGGGCAGCCACGCAAGAGGAGGAGGGUAAGCUGACCGUGGGUGGUUUUGCAAAGCUGGAAUUGGCGCCGCGGCGUGGAGAGGAUGUGGAGGCGCGUUUUGAAGGUCAGUAG